UCUGUCAAAGCGCGAUAUAAAGCGCGCACCGACCACCGGUCCACCGGUUCGUAACGGAGCACGCACCGAUAAGCUCUCGAUCCUUGGCCGCCUCGAUCCCCGUUCUCUUUCUCGCCCAAGCGCCAUUCGUCGUCGUCGUCGUCGUCGCCGUGUGCCGGAAAAUGGCUCGCUCUUUUCCUCUGUUGCUGGUGCAGCUGCUGCUGGUGGUGUCGCCGGUGGCACUGUGGACCCUGGCUGCCGGCUGGACCGUACGCCCGAUGAACGUCAACUGUCCGGUGCCGAGCUGUGUCACCCAGCAGGACCUCAACACGCUGUGGGCCGCACCGGACGCGACGCAGUUCGUGCGAUGCCGCCCGGCCCCGACCGGCUACUGGAUGACGGAGCAGAAGACGUGCGCCCCCGGCACCCUGUUCCAGUUCUCCCGGCAGGCCUGCGUUACCGCGACCGACUGGAGCUCGUGCUGACGACCUGCGGUUCCCUUUUUUGUGUUUGUGUUUGUUUUUGCUCGCUGGAAUUUUGCAAUAGAAAAUAAAGCAUAAAAAGCUGCUGGCUGGCGGCGUGUAUUGCGCGCUCCCACUCGCUCACAACACGACCCCGAGAGAGAGAGAGAGAGAGAGCGAGAGAGAGUUGCACGCUUCACGCGCACAGAGGCAUGGGCAGUGACACAAAGUGUUGUUGAUUGUUUGUUGAUUGGGGCGCUUGGUUUAUUGGAACAACGGCAGCGACGCAACGUGCAGCGCAAAGCCACAGUCCGUGCGCAGUCCUCCUU